AUGGCUUUUUUUGUUAAGUUAAAGCCAAAAUGUAUAGAUGUAGAAGAUUAAGUAUCAUGCUGUUCUGAAUUAAGUAAUAAGCACAAGUAAUUGAUUAUAUAGGAAUCUGAUUAGAUUGAAAUACAUUUAGAGAGUUAAUAAUUUAAGUCUAAUGGCAUAAAUCACUAAUAAAAUGUUAGUCUCAGUAGCAAUAUAAAAUAAGAAAAUUGUUUGAAUUUUUAGCUAUAACCUGAAAAGGAGAAUCUGCAAAAUUAAAGAGAUAUACUUAAUGGGAUACAUAGAGCUUAAUCACUAUAUCAAGAUAAGCUGAAAAACAUUAAUGACUAAGGAGAUGCAUUUUAGUAAUUAGAUAUAGAUAUACAUUUAUCAUAGUAGCAAUUGAAAGUUGAUAUAAAAGAAUGUAAUAAAUAGAUUAAAUAGAAGCACUACUUAAAGAGCGACCUAAAGUUAAAUAAAUAAAGAAGAUAUAGACUUUUAGAAUCCAUAUGUUCAACUAAAAUAGAAACUAAUUUUUUUUGCUGGAGAUCAAAAAAUAACGAUACUGAUUAGCUUUCACUUUCAAGUCUAUUGUAUCUUAAUCAAAUCAAAAGCUUCUUAUGCUUAUUUUUUCUACUUUUUAUUUUGAGUUUACCUUCAUUUUAUAUUUGUGCAAAAAUUAGUAAAGAUCUAAAUUAUGAAUAUAUUAAUGAUUUCUAAUCGCCCUUUCUUUAUCCAACAAUAGCUGGUAUUGGUUACAAGUUUUGGUAAUGUGAUAUGUUUAUCAUGAAUAAAACAUUAGAUUAGACAAUAGAUUUAAAAUGCUCUUAAGGAGUUUUAGACUUUUAAUAUGUUCAAAUAGGAUUAACAAUUCCAUAAGAUACUUAGAGUAUUUAUGGUUGUGAAUUUAUCGAAUUGUAAAAAGUUUAAGUUGACUGCUUGAAAAGUGAUGUAAAUAAUUAAACAUCAUUUAAAAAUAUUUAUAGUAGAUGCUAGUAUAAAAACAUUUGCUAGAUAAACUCGGAUGAGAUUUUAACCUUCUUUAAAGUUGAUGCAUAAUGUGAUAACAAUAUUUAAUAACAAAAUAUGUUCAUCUCUGUUCCUUGUAGAAAUUAAAAUGUGGAUAUUUUUGGUAUUCCUACAUCUAACUAUUAAGCAUCUGUUGCAGUUAUUCUUUUACAGACUUUUGGAAUAAUACUAUGUUUGCUCUUCUUCAUUCACCAGUUGUUUAUCAAUAAGAGGAUUAAGAAUAGAAUCAAAAAGAAAAUUACAAUGGUUUAAAAGUUUACUCUAGAAAUCUAAAAUAUACCUAAGAUGCACUUUAAUUGGACUCAAGAACUACUCUGGUUGCAUCUAUAGAGAGGUUUGAAUGAAUAUACAUAAAAAAAAUAAGAAAAAGAAAUUAAAAUAAUAGACAUCUAAAUGGCUCUUCCUGAAUGCUUAAUUUAAAGAGACUUAAUUCUUAAAAAAUACACAGAGAGGAUAGAAAAUAAAGUUAUUAGAUUCAUAAAUGAAUACGAUCCUGAUAGCUUGAAAUUAGGGUAAGGAAUCAAUAAAAUAUAGAUAGAUUUAUUGAGAAAAAUAUUUGAUAUUAUUAGCAAUCCUAAAACAAAGAAAAAAUGUUAUAAAGAUUUAAUGGAUAUCAUUGAUAAAAAAUAAAAAAUUGAGAAACUUAAAGAAUAAAUUAGUAAAAUAGAAUUUGAUAAAUAUUCACAUCCAUCAAAAGCUUUCUUGGGAAUAUAUUACUUUGUAAAUAAAUUACCAGCAAAUAAAAAUAAUAAUUAAGAUAAAAAUGGUUUUGGCAAUUAUGUAGAUUUUUCACCUGAAUGGUACAGGAAUGUAGGAAUGUUCUUUUGUAUCCACUAUCUUAUCAGAAUAUCCCUUUAUAUUAUUUAAAAUAUGACCUCAUUAAUCUAUCGAAAGUAGGUUUUUUAUCUAAUUUUUUAAAUUCUAAAACAUUUUUAUUUAUUUAUUUUAAAAAUUAUUAAUUAUUUUUUGCUUUAAAUUUUAAUAAUUAAUAAAUUAAUUUCUUUCUUUUUAUUUUGA